AUGCGCGCCUUCAUCUCCGUGAGACACGCAUCCUUGCUCUUCGCCGCCCUUCUCCUCCUCGCCCAAGGACCAAGCAUUGGACUGGCGGACUGCACAGAUCAAGCGGAUGACGAGGGAUAUGACUGUGUAAGCAAUGCUGCAACUCCCUGUCCCCCCCCUCUGCCUGUCUCCCUCUCUCUCUCUCUUUCUGUGUGUCUUUCUCUGUGUGUGUGUGUGUGUGUGUGUGUGACCCUCGCGUCACUGGUCAUUUUGCUUCUUGGCUCAGCGCAGACGUACUCCUUGUUCAAGACGCUUCGGGUCCGAGACCGAUUCAGUUUAUUUGCCGGCUUGCUGCAACGAGCCAAUCUCAAGUCACUGCUGAAGAAUUCUGGCCUGGACCAAGGGACUGUGUUUGCCCCCAAUGAUGCAGCUCUUCUGGCGCUCGGGCAGUCUGAGCUUGAUCGGCUCGCCCGUUCUGAGAAUCGGGAUCAACUUGAACAAUUGUUGCUGGCUCAUGUCGUUCAUGAUCGGCUCACGUUCAAAAGCCUCAAGCGUGCUGUUGGCGCGCUUCCCACAGAGGCCAACAGCUCCUACCUGCGCCUUCGAGUCUUCAAUCGAGACACCAUCUACAUCAACGAGGCGUUGAUCAUCAACAAGAAUAUCAAGGCAGACAACGGUAUUGUUCACGAAAUCGACGCCGUCCUCUGGCCCUCCAGGGAGGGGGCCCCAGAGGCGGGCCAAGCACCUGUGCCUGUCUUUCAGCCCGAUGUGUAUUCAGUCUUCAAGACAAUCAGCGAACGCGAGCAAUUUUCCAUUCUGGCAGCUAUGCUUGAAGCUGCUGACUUGCGCGAGGAGCUCAAGGCCACGGGUCUCAAUCCCGUCACGCUCUUUGCGCCGAAUAACAAUGCCUUUUUGCGACUUGACACGGCUGACUUUGAAAGCAUUGCAAACCCAAGUACUAUUGAUGGCUUUCGAGACAUCUUGCGACGACACAUUGUCCCCCGCAAUCUCUCUCAGGCAGCCCUGCAACAAGACCCAGGCCCCUAUGAGACCCUGGUGGAUGGACAAACUGUCAUGGCCAGCUCCAACGAAGACGGGGGCCUGAAACUCGGCCGUGCCAACAUUGUGACGGCCAACAUCUUGGCAAGCAAUGGAUACGUUCAUGAGUUGGAUGAGGUUCUUCUCCCCUCAACCAUCGAUCAACUCGAGGAAGACAAUGAUUCCAUUUAUGCUACUAUAACCAACAAUGGAAACUUUAGCCUGCUGGAAUCGCUCGUUCUGGCGGCAGAUCUUGAUGGGCUGUUGGGCACGAGCGGUGGCUCCCCACUCACCCUUUUUGCUCCCACCAACAAUGCCUUUGAGGAACUGGGCAGCGCAGAGCUCAACCGCCUGCGCCAGCCAGAAAAUAAGGAUGAACUGCAAGCACUGUUGCUCCGCCAUCUCGUUCCGCGCAAUCUCUCAACAGCGGACCUUGAGGGCAUUGCACCUCGCUUCCUUGAACCCUUGGACCAAGCAUCGUUCAUCCACGUGACGCUUUCUGGCAACAACAUCCGUAUCAACGAGGCGGUUAUUGUAAGGGCCAACAUCUCAGCUUUGAACGGCUACAUCCACGCGAUUGACGUCGUCAUCACGCAACAACAGUUUGAUCUUGACAUUGCGCGCUUCAUGGCCAUGGUUGAUCGCUAUCGUGCCUUUACACUCGCCUCUCUACAGGCAAGGCUCUAUGAUCAGGCUGCUGAGAACCGCAUCACCGUGUUUUUGCCGAGCGAAACCGCGUUCGAAGCACUCAACACCAGAACUCUCCUAGCUUUAUUCGAGCCUCAAAAUACAGACAUCCUCAGAACCGUUGUUGCCUACCACUUUCACAUGGAGGACGCAUUUUUCAGCUCGGAGCUGGUAGAAAUGGAGCAAGCCUCGACUUUAGAGGGCCGUCAACUGCAGUUUAGUGAGAAUGCCAACGGCACCGUUUUUGUCAACGACAUUCCUAUCGUGAAGCCAAAUCUGCAGCUCGUCAACGGCGUUGCUCACGGGAUCAACAAGCUUCUUGUUCCAGGUGGCAUGUCGCUGGAACAGCUGCUAUUUGAGGGACACCUCCACGUCUUCCUCCACGAGUACUUCAACGAGUACUUCCACAAGUACUUUAACGAGCACCUCAACAUCCACCUACACCUCGACGAGUACCUCAACAAGUACCUCAACGAGCACCUCCACGAGUACCUCAACUUCUACCUCCACGAGCACCUUCCACAAGCACCUCAACUAUACCUCAUCGAGUACCUCCACGAGCACCUCAACAUCCACUUCCACCUCAACGUCUUCCUCCACGAGUACCUCCACGAGUACCUCCACCUCAACUUCCACGUCAACAAGCACCUCAACGAGCACCUCAACAUCCACGUCCACGAGUACCUCCACGAGUACCUCAACUUCUUCUUCAACGAGUACAUCCACGAGCACCUCAACGUCUACCUCAACUUCUAUCUCAACUAUCGCUUGCUCAAUAUGACCGAGCUGCUGCGGGAUAUUGCUCUCUACUCUGACGUUACUGUUUUUGUUCCAACCAAUGAGGCGUUGGCUGAGACUCUGGAUGAGGUCACGCUAUUUUACCUGAUUGACGAGGAUAAUUUGACAACCCUUCAUCAGAUCCUGCUUUCACACGUGGUCAAUGAGAGCUUGUCUGUUGCUGACAUGAGCGCGCUAAAUUACACCGUGGCAGCAAGUGGGGAAGUUUUGGCUCUUGCUGGUGCUUAUGACAACCUCACUGUAGACAAUGCGAGCAUUGUCGAGGGUGAUAUUGAGAUUGUGAACGGGUUUGUCCACCGGAUCGACAAAGUUUUGCUGCCUGCCAAUUACACGAGACCAGUUCCGGACGCUGCGCUCUUGAUUGCCUUGGAUGACGACUACGCAGCACUGACGGUCCUGAUGGACGCCAGUCGCUUAGAUGAGGAUUUGAGCGAGCUGGCCAACUUCAGCGAUGUCACCCUGUUAGUUCCCGAGAAUGCGGCGAUAAGCGCCUUCUUUGGCGACGACUAUACAUGGUACUAUCUCACGACGGAAGAGAACCUGACAACGCUGCGCGCAGUGCUACGUAUGCACGUUAUCAAUGAGAGCUACUCCGUGGCUGAACUGGGCAACAUGUCCCAAGUGACCGCUUGGAGUGGCGCACCGCUUGUUUUGGCUGGUGGCCCGGGCAAUUUGACGGUCAACAAUGCAACUGUACUGGAAGGCGAUAUUGAGAUUACAAACGGGCUAUUGCACCGCAUCAACCAAGUGCUGCUACCGCCCAAUAUGAGCAUACCGAUUCCAAAGGCUGACUUGUUGUUGGCGAUUGAUUCCGACUAUUCGUUGUUCUAUGCCCUUUUGUCUGCAAGUGGGUUGGAAACUGUGGUGGGCACGAUGGCCAAUGUGACGGUGAUUGCGCCAAGCAACGACGCUAUUGAGCAAGCAUUUGACAACCUGGACUUUGUUUCUUUGCUGCAGGAGGAGAACAGGACAACGCUCCGCACAAUUAUGGCGCAUCACAUCAUCAAUGAGAGUUUGUCUAUUGGCGAGUUGAGCAACCGGUCUGAAGUUGAGACGCUUGCUGGAACAAGCUUACUACUGACGGGGUCGGCCGGGAAUCUGAGCAUUGACAAUGCGAGCGUUCUGGAGGGAAAUGUUUUGAUUGUCGGCGGCUAUGUCCAUCGCGUGGACCAAGCAUUACUGCCUGCCAACCUGAGCAUGCCAACGAUCGAGGCGGCCGCCUUGCUGCAAUCUGACUCAGCCUUUGCCGGGUUGAUGACCUUGAUCAAUGUCAGCAACAUGGGUUCGUUGUUGGAAACAGUGUCCAGUUUGGGCGACGUGACGCUUUUUGUGCCCUCAAACGAGGCAAUCGCGGCGGCGUUUGACGAGGGCAUGAUGGAGGCACUGCUCAGCGAGACGAAUUUGACAACCUUGCGACAAAUUUUAGCACUGCAUGUCGUACCAGAUGCGAGCUGGAGCCUGGCCGACUUGAGCAACAUGAGCACGGUUGUCACGGCUACCGGUGCCGAGCUUGAGUUGUCUGGGGGCCCGGAUGAGUUGCAAGUUGGAAACGCAAGUGUGAUUGAAGGCAACAUCGUCAUUGCCAACGGCUUUGUGCAUCGGAUCGACCGGGUAUUGCUACCGGCCAACCUGAGCUGGCCAUCAACGCAUGAAACGACGCUGGAGGAUGUUUUUGCGGACGAUGAGGCGGCCUUUGCGGGAUUACUGGCUCUGCUGAACAGCAGCGAAGCGUCUGAGCUGGCGCGGAACCUGACAAACGUCACGCUUUUUGUGCCUACAAAUGACGCUUUUGCUGCGCUGAGCUCGGAAGAAGCCGCGGCUUUGCAAGCCAAUGGGGACGAGGCUGGCCCAAUGUGGGACUUUGCGUUUCGACACAUUGUGUCGGGAACCUACAGCAUUAACGACUUGAAUACAGGUGGAGCCGAGUUGGUGGCGCUCAACGGCGAUGUCCUCAGUGUGGAGGAGAACGAUGGCGUUUUGACGAUUGAGUCGGCGCAGAUUCUGCCAAACGCCAGUGUGGCUUUUGCACAUGGAUGGCUUCACCGCAUUGACCAGGUCUUGUGGGGUAACAGCUAG